AUGUUCAUUGAGAGCUUUAAGGUUGAGAGUCCCAAUGUGAAGUACACGGAGGGCGAGAUUCGGUCUGUGUACGACUAUCAAACCACUGAGCUUGUUCAUGAGAACAGAAAUGGCACUUACCAGUGGAUUGUCAAGCCUAAAACUGUUAAAUAUGAAUUUAUAACCAACACCCAUGUCCCUAAAUUAGGGGUAAUGCUUGUGGGAUGGGGUGGAAACAACGGCAGCACCCUCACUGGUGGUGUCAUCGCCAACCGAGAGGGUAUUUCGUGGGCAACGAAGGAUAAAAUUCAACAAGCCAAUUACUUUGGCUCCCUAACCCAGGCAUCCACCAUCCGUGUGGGUUCCUUCAAUGGCGAGGAAAUUCAUGCACCCUUCAAAAGCCUGCUUCCUAUGGUGAACCCUGACGAUGUUGUGUUUGGAGGAUGGGAUAUCAGUGACAUGAACCUGGCGGACGCCAUGGCGAGGGCCAAGGUCUUUGACAUCGAUCUGCAAAAGCAGCUUAGGCCCUACAUGGAGUCCAUGGUUCCACUCCCUGGAAUCUAUGACCCAGAUUUCAUUGCUGCAAACCAGGGGGACAGAGCCAACAACGUCAUCAAGGGCACCAAAAAAGAACAAGUACAACAGAUUAUCAAAGACAUAAAGGACUUUAAGGAAGCCAACAAGGUCGACAAGGUUGUUGUGCUCUGGACUGCCAAUACAGAGAGGUACAGUAAUGUAAUUGUGGGACUGAACGACACCGUGGAAAACCUCUUGGCGGCCCUGGACAGAAAUGAACCUGAGAUUUCUCCCUCCACCUUGUAUGCCUUGGCUUGUGUUCUAGAAAACGUUCCUUUUAUCAACGGAAGCCCUCAGAACACUUUUGUCCCAGGGCUGAUUGACUUGGCCAUCAAGAGGAACAGUUUGAUUGGCGGGGAUGACUUUAAGAGUGGUCAAACCAAAAUGAAAUCUGUGUUGGUGGAUUUCCUUGUGGGGGCUGGUAUCAAGCCCACCUCAAUAGUGAGCUACAACCAUCUGGGAAACAAUGACGGGAUGAAUCUCUCGGCUCCACAAACCUUCCGCUCCAAGGAAAUCUCGAAAAGCAACGUUGUUGAUGAUAUGGUCAACAGCAACGCCAUUCUCUAUGAGCCUGGCGAGCAUCCUGAUCAUGUGGUCGUUAUUAAGUAUGUACCCUACGUGGGCGACAGCAAGAGAGCUAUGGACGAGUACACUUCAGAGAUAUUCAUGGGCGGAAAGAACACAAUCGUGAUGCACAACACAUGUGAGGAUUCUCUGUUGGCUGCUCCUAUCAUCCUAGACUUGGUCCUUCUUGCUGAGCUUAGCACCCGAAUUCAGUUCAAGGCUGAAGGAGAGGGCAAGUUUCACUCAUUCCAUCCUGUUGCUGCGAUCCUCAGUUACCUCACCAAAGCUCCUCUGGUCCCACCAGGCACACCGGUGGUGAACGCAUUGUCAAAGCAGCGUUCUAUGCUGGAAAACAUCAUGAGGGCUUGCAUUGGUUUGGCUCCUGAGAACAACAUGAUUCUGGAGUACAAGUGAAGCUUGACCCGAUGGGAAUCGGGAUCAUUUGGAAACUGAUUCCCCUUUUCUCUUAUAUAAAUAUGUUUGUUAAUGAAUUUGCAAAUGUAAUAUCAUGUACGAUUAUGUUUGAUGGAUGUCUUUUUGCUUCCCUUUUCUUCCCGUGUAAGAAGGGUGCCUCUUGUGUACGUAGCUUUUCUGUCUGCGGCUUCUCCACAUUUGAGAGCUGGCAAUCUUUUGUACUCUAUAAGUAGAUGAAAUAUAAAUCAAGGUUUUAAUUACUCCUCA